AUGCCAACAUCACGAAAGGAUAGCUUGUCGCCCGAGAGGGAAGACACAUUGCCAUACAUCUACGACGUAAUCAUCGUCGGAGCUGGACCUUGUGGAUUGGCCACAGCCGCUCGACUACGAGAACACACACCAUCAGCAUUGUUCACUGACGAAGAACACCACCGCUACCACUGGAUCAAGAAACAUGCCGCCAAUGCUGCGAUCAAGAGCUCCAAGACAGGCCACACCAGGUCGUUGGGACAGCAGAAGCCACCUUCUUCAAGAUCCGAGCCAUCGAUGCUAGUCCUCGACAACUCAGGCAAAGAAUGGCUAUCGAAAUGGAAACGACUCUUCUCACUCCUAGAAAUCUCUCACUUACGAAGUCCAAUGUUUUUCCAUCCUGAUCCACACGACCGUGACGGGCUAUUAGCAUACGCUCAUGCUGUCGGCAGAGAAUCCGAGUGUCUGGAAAUCGCUGGUUGUGUUGGGAAAGAGUUGAGUAAACACCAAAUGAAGAAAAGACGGAAUAAGCGGAAACCCGGUGAACAAGCUCGACCAACAAUCGCAAUCGACGAACGAGAUCGAAAGGAUUACUUCGUCCCCCCAUCCGACCUCUUCGAAUCCUACUGCUCCUUCAUCGCAAAACGCUACGACCUCCAAUCUCCAGACUUGAUCCAAAAAGCCUCAGUCUCGAACAUCGAGUACGAUUACAUUCCACAACUCUCCUCAGAAGAGAAAUUCUUCACCCUCCACACCGACGGGAAGACGUAUUUCGCAAAAAGUGUCGUCCUAGCAGUCGGAGCUGGCAACGCCCCUUCAAUCCCUGCACCAUUUCCGCGAAAUGGCUGUCCAUCUGCAUGCCAUGCAUUCCAACCUCUCGACGAAGCUUUACAAGCGAGAAUGCGAGCGAAAAAAGAUACGAAUGUUCUAGUGAUAGGUGGAGGUUUGACGAGUGCUCAAAUUUCCGAUCGAGCCAUUAGAAGAGGCGCUACGAAAGUGCAUCAUAUCAUGAGAGGGCCGAUGAAAGUAAAACCCUUCGACGUCGACCUAAGCUGGAUGGGAAAAUUCCGCAAUCACGAAAAAGCCUCCUUCUGGUCCGCAGAUACAGACGAAGAACGCUCCCAACUGAUAACCACCGCCCGAAACGGCGGCAGCAUAACCCCUCACUUCUCCAAACGUCUCCACCACCACCUCACAACCUCCAAAAAACUAACCCUCCACACCCACACAACCAUAACAACCGCAAAAUUCUCCCCCCUCACCCAAACCUGGAAAAUCCUCACCUCUCCCCCCAUCUCCGAGCCCCUCCCAGAAUUCCACCACAUCUACUUCGCCACAGGCAUCCAAUCAAACAUCCUCACCCUCCCCUACCUCACACACCUCCACGCAAAGUACCCAAUUAAAAUUCACGAUGGUCUGCCCGCUAUAACCGAAGAUUUAAUGUGGAGGGAAGAUAUUCCGUUAUUUGUGACGGGGAGGUUUGCGGGGUUGAGGUUGGGGCCCGGGGCGGGGAAUUUGGAGGGGGCGAGGGUGGGUGCUGAGAGGAUUGUUUGGGGGUUGGAGGAGGUGUUGGGGAGGGGGGAGAAAGAGAGGGGUGUGUGGUUGGUUGAUGUGUGGGAUUGUGGUUCGCGCGUUUCACAGGCUCUCUGGCGUUUCCUUGAUGAGAGAGACAUUGAGUGGUGGCAGCUGUUGCUUCGUGUCAGAGAUGUGCGCGAUCAGAUACCUUAUGGUUCGUAUCAGGCUUGA